CGGGCGGGCGGGGGAUGGGGCCGUGCCCGGGCUCCCGCUGCAGCCGCCCGGGGACACGCCGUGCACCCUCCGGCUCGGGGCUCUCGCGGCGGCAUCUGUGGCAGCGUUAGCGGCGGCGGCGAGAGCGGCGUUCCCGGCGCUUCCUGGCCGCGCUUCUCCCUUCAGGCUGGUCGAAGAGAAGAGGCAGCGGCGGCGGCGGCGGCACACCGGCGUCUCUCCCGCUGGAGAUUUCUUUCUGCUUUCCUCGUCGACUGACUGACUGGCCCCCUCCCUUUUUUUGAGGAAGGGUGACCUCUUCUUUGGGACUGGAAAAAAUAUUUUUUUGAGGUGGGGGGAGGUGGGUGGCAGCGUCAGGGGCUGCUGCUUCUCUUCUUUUCAUCUCCCUUUCCUUCCCCCUCCGAGCCCGAAAAGCAAACCCCACAACUGCUCCAGCAUCUUCAUUCCCUUCCUCCACCGCUUCCAGUUUCGCCCUCUCCCCUCCUAAUUAUUUCAUUAUUAUGCUCCCCUCUCUGGGGGGUCUCGUCCCUCUCAGGUCGCUCGGAAGCCUUGGCCUCCCCUGGAUGCAUUUCUUAAAAAUUUUGGAGCCAGGGAGUGAGUUUUCUCUGAGGCGUGUGUGAGAGGCGGCGGGGGUGUUUUCCUGUGCGAGGGGCGGGUGAAGUUCAUUGCCCCCACUUUUCCCGCGACCUUUUUCGGGCCGGAUUUGGAGUCGCGGGGGGCGGGCAGGCGUUUUCGGGGGCCGGGGGGCGCGGCGGAGAAUGGCUGCGGGGAGGGCUCCCCGGAGCCUCCCAGUCUCUUGAUCAAAGCAUUCCGCUAUUCUGAUUUAUUGCCUGCUUGGUGAGUUAUUUUUUUUUUUCCCCCUCUAAAGGAGACCUGUGUGUUCAGCCAUUACUUUGCUCGGCGCUGCUCACAGGAAUCUCCGACCCUCGGUGCUGUGGGCAGCCCCGCACUUGGGCUCCUCGCCUCUCGCCCUCGCUCCCGUCCCUCCUCCCUCUCUCCGCCCCUUCCCCCUUUUCUUUCUCCUCUCUUUCUUCCCCACUCUCCCUUCUUUCGGCCGCCGUCUCCCCCGCGCCCUCCUCGGGGCGGAGGGAAGCCGAGAAGGGGGAGGGAGGGGUUGGUGUCAAUUUUUUUGUGCGGCCGCGGCCGGAGCCUGUGGCGGGCAGGCGGCGAGCGGGGAGACCCCGGCGCGGCAGAGCCAUGGAUGGCCCGACGCGGGGCCAUGGACUCCGCAAAAAGCGGCGGUCGCGGUCACAGCGAGACCGGGAGAGGCGCUCCCGGGGCGGGCUGGGGGCCGGCGCGGCCGGCGGCGGCGGGGCCGGCCGGACCCGGGCGCCCUCGCUCGCUUCGUCGUCGGGCUCCGACAAGGAAGACAAUGGGAAGCCCCCGUCCUCCGCCCCGUCCCGGCCCAGACCCCCGCGGAGGAAGCGGCGAGAGUCCACCUCGGCCGAAGAGGACAUCAUUGAUGGAUUUGCCAUGACCAGCUUUGUCACUUUUGAAGCGCUGGAGAAAGAUGUAGCACUUAAGCCUCAGGAACGCGUGGAGAAACGCCAGACCCCUCUGACCAAGAAGAAACGAGAAGCACUUACCAACGGCCUGUCCUUUCACUCCAAGAAGAGCCGACUCAGCCACCCACACCACUACAGCUCAGACCGAGAAAAUGACCGCAACCUCUGCCAGCACCUCGGGAAGAGAAAGAAAAUGCCGAAGGGGCUCAGACAGCUCAAGCCAGGGCAGAACAGCUGCAGGGACAGUGACAGUGAGAGCGCCAGUGGAGAAUCCAAAGGCUUCCACAGGAGCAGCUCCCGGGAAAGGCUCAGCGACAGUUCAGCUCCUUCCAGCUUGGGAACAGGCUACUUCUGUGACAGCGACAGUGACCAGGAAGAGAAGGCCUCAGAUGCCAGCUCUGAAAAACUCUUCAAUACCGUUAUUGUAAACAAAGAUCCCGAGCUCGGCGUCGGCGUGCUACCCCACCACGAUGGCCACGAUGCGGGGCCCAUUGUCCCCAAGGUAUCGGGUCUAGAGCGGAGCCAGGAGAAGAGCCAGGACUGCGGCAAAGAGCCCCUGUUCGAGCCCGUGGUGCUGAAGGACGCGCGCCCUCAGGUCCCGCCGCCGCCGCCCCAGCCCCAGGCGGAGCCCCCGCCCCGAGCGCCGUCUCCGGACCCCGCGUCGGGGCCGCGCGCCGAGCCCCCGCCGCCCCCACGCCCCGGCGCGCAGCCGCCGCCCGCGCCCCCGGAGGCCCCGCCGCAGCCCGCGCCGCCGCAGGCACCCCGGCCGCCCCGGCCACAGUCCCCGGGGCCGCUGCCGCCCCAGGUCCUCCCGCCCGCACAGGCCCACCCCUCCGCCCAGAGCCUCCCCCAGCCGCUGUCCGCCUACAACAGCAGCAGCCUGAGCCUCAACAGCCUCAGCAGUAGCAGAAGCAGCACUCCAGCGAAGACUCAGCCCGCCCCCCCUCACAUCUCCCACCACCCCUCGGCCUCCCCGUUCCCCCUGUCACUGCCCAACCACAGCCCCCUGCACAGCUUCACGCCCACCCUCCAGCCCCCCGCACACUCGCAUCACCCCAAUAUGUUUGCCCCUCCCACUGCUUUGCCUCCUCCACCACCUCUGACAUCUGGGAGUCUGCAGGUGCCCGGACACCCGGCCGGGAGCACUUACUCAGAGCAAGACAUCUUGCGCCAGGAACUGAACACGCGUUUUUUGGCCUCUCAGAGUGCUGACCGCGGGGCCUCCCUGGGCCCCCCGCCCUACCUGCGGACCGAGUUCCACCAGCACCAGCACCAGCACCAGCACACGCACCAGCACACGCACCAGCACACCUUCACGCCCUUCCCCCACGCGCUCCCGCCCACCGCCAUCAUGCCGACUCCGGCUCCGCCCAUGUUUGACAAAUACCCUACAAAAGUUGACCCAUUCUACCGGCACAGUCUCUUCCAUUCUUAUCCUCCUGCUGUAUCGGGCAUCCCCCCUAUGAUUCCGCCCACCGGCCCUUUUGGGUCACUGCAAGGAGCUUUUCAGCCGAAGACGUCCAACCCGAUCGAUGUUGCCACCCGACCUGGGACGGUCCCCCACACUCUUCUCCAAAAGGACCCGAGGUUGACAGAUCCUUUCAGACCUAUGUUAAGGAAACCAGGGAAGUGGUGCGCGAUGCACGUUCACAUUGCCUGGCAGAUCUACCACCACCAACAGAAAGUCAAGAAGCAGAUGCAGUCGGAUCCACACAAGCUGGACUUUGGCCUGAAGCCUGAGUUCCUGAGCCGUCCUCCGGGUCCCAGCCUCUUUGGAGCCAUCCACCAUCCCCACGACCUGGCGCGGCCUUCAACUUUGUUCUCCGCCGCCGGUGCUGCACACCCAACUGGGACCCCGUUUGGGCCGCCCCCCCAUCACAGCAACUUCCUUAACCCUGCUGCCCACCUCGAGCCUUUUAAUCGGCCGUCUACAUUCACGGGCCUGGCAGCGGUUGGUGGCAACGCCUUCGGGGGACUUGGAAAUCCUUCAGUUACACCCAACUCAGUGUUCGGCCACAAGGAUGGCCCCAGUGUGCAGAGCUUUAGCAGCCCUCACGAGCCCUGGAACCGGCUGCACCGAACGCCUCCGUCGUUCCCGACCCCUCCGCCCUGGCUGAAGCCAGGCGAGCUGGAGCGUAGCGCGCCCACUGCAGCUCAUGACAGAGAUAGAGAUGUAGAUAAACGAGACUCCUCCGUUAGUAAAGAUGACAAAGAAAGGUCCAGUACAAAGCGAGCGAGUCCCGGCUCAGCAGCAGAGUCCACACCCAGCCCCCCCGCGAGCCCUAGUGUCUCCAAACAGAAACCGCUCUCGAAAAGGGAAAGCGUCGAGAAGAGACACUCCAGCCACCCCUCUCCAGCCCCCGUCCUCCCGGUGAGCACCCUGGGACACGGCCGCAGCUCUGGCGAGCAGAUCAGGGGGCAUUUGAGCACCGAGGCUCGCGAGAAAGACAAGUGCAAGGACAGGGAGCGGGAGCACUCGGAAUCGCGCAAGGACCUGGGCGCCGACGAGCACAAGGCGAAGGAGGGCCCCCUGGCCGAGAAGGACGGCCACGGCCACGAGGGCCGCGCCGCGGGCGAGGAGGCCAAGCAGCUGGCCCGGGUGCCGUCACCCUACGCGCGGGCGCCCACGACCGACAGCGCCCGGCCGGGCAGCGCUGCCAGCCGGGACGCCGAGCCGCGCAAGGGCGAGCCGGCCUACGAGAACCCCAAGAAGAGCGCCGAGGUCAAGGUCAAGGAGGAGCGCAAGGAGGACCACGACCUGCCCCCCGAGGCCCCGCCGACCCACCGGUCCGCGGAGCCCCCGCCCCCGCCGCCGCCGCCCAGCUCCUCGGCCGGCGUGCACCCGGGGCCCCUAGCCUCCAUGCCCGUGGCCGUGGGGAUGCCUGGGAUCCACCCCAUGAACAGCAUCAGCGGCCUGGACAGGACUCGCAUGAUGACGCCCUUCAUGGGCCUCAGCCCCAUUCCGGGCGGGGAGCGCUUCCCGUACCCCUCCUUCCACUGGGACCCCAUCCGGGACCCCCUGAGGGACCCCUACCGGGAACUGGACAUUCACCGCAGAGACCCGCUGGGCAGGGACUUCCUGCUGAGGAACGACCCUCUGCACCGGCUCUCGACGCCCCGGCUGUACGAAGCCGACCGCUCCUUCCGGGACCGGGAGCCGCACGACUACAACCACCACCACCACCACCACCACCACCACCCGCUGGCGGUGGACCCGCGGCGGGAGCACGAGCGCGGGGCGCACCUGGACGAGCGCGAGCGCCUGCACGUGCUCCGCGAGGACUACGAGCACCCGCGGCUGCACCCCGUGCAUCCGGCCUCCCUGGACGGCCACCUGCCGCACCCCGGGCUGCUCACGCCGGGGCUGCCGAGCAUGCACUACCCGCGCAUCAGCCCCACGGCGGGCCACCAGAACGGACUGCUCAACAAGACGCCCCCGACGGCAGCGCUGAGCGCACCUCCCCCGCUCAUCUCCACGCUGGGGGGCCGCCCCGUGUCCCCCCGCAGGACUACGCCCCUGUCCGCCGAGAUCAGGGAGCGGCCUCCCUCCCACACGCUGAAGGACAUCGAAGCCCGGUAAGGAGCGGACAGGACGCCCGGCGGGACACAGGGGCCCGCGGGCCGUGCAGCGCCGGACUUGGGCCUGCCCUCCGCGCGCGCUGGCGUCUCCAGUGCGGGUGGGGAGCCCCCAGCGCCUCCCUGUGUAUAAAAAGAAAUUGUGUAUAGACUCGGUGCAGAUUUUGAAAUGUUUUUUGUAUAUUCUCUGUUGAAAUUUUCCAGAUCUUUUAGCCGAUUCAUACGUUCUCAUGUCUCCCCACUCUUUUGGUUUGUCGUAUAAAACUUUUUUUGAUUUGAACCAAAACAGUGAAGAUGACCACACACACCGACGCGGUGAUAAUUGGGGGGUGGGGGGAAGCAGACAAGAGUCCACACCGUCCAUUGUGCAGAGAUCUUUGGGGUGAGAAGGGAAGGCCGUGUACAUAGUUAUGUAAAGAAAAAGGGGGAGGGCGCUUGUUGCUUCAUGAGCUAAUGGUUCAUAUAUGCAAAAGGGUAAGAUGAAAGCUUUACUUUGUACAGAUGUAAAUAGAUAAAGAUUAAGUAACAUAAUACAUUAAUACUUCUUAAAAUGUGCUAUUUGCAGACUUAAUAUCAGCGAGCACAGCCAGCUUUGGCUGUGUUCCCCAUGUAUUGUUCUAGACAGCUAAACCCUUCAACUAUGCAAUGAAUGUUAGGGCUUUUCACAAAAGCCCACCUAACUCAAAGGAGCCUUUUCAAGUCCAUUUACAACAUACUUAAGGUCAUAUUUUCCCUGAACAAGCACUUAACGUGAUAUGACUGUUUUCCUUGCUUGUUUUUUCAGAGAAUAACACCUGAUUUUGCAAAUUGGACCCCCAGGCUGAAACUUUGCAUCUGAAGUUGCUCCUCGUGGGCCUUUGGGUGUGUGUAGGGGUGGGGUGGGGAGAGUGCAGCCCUGGAGAGGUAAACCAAGGCCAUGAACCAACCAACCAGGGCCAGGGAGGAUGGGAGUGGUCAGAUGCCAAAAUCAGGGGACACAAACAGGCCGCCAGCACCUCAUCACCAUCUGUCACGUGAUUUCACACACCCCCUCAUGUGGGAACCAUGCGUUUUUCAGUGCGUCCUGUUUCCUAUCUGUACACCCCUCCUCAUUCUGUAAUGAGAUUCAGUUACACCCAAACAGAUCCUGAAAGAAAGCUUCACGUUUUCUCAGAUGAUGGAUAUGUUUUCACUGUAUUCAAUAACUGAUGAUCAGGAGCACGUUCCCUAGCAUGACUCACUGUGUUCCCAGCGGUAACCAAGUCCAGGAGGAGCCGAAGCAGGUCAGCUCUGUGGGGCCAGGGAGCGUUGCAGAGGGCAAAAGGUAGCAGGCAGAGAGAUGGCCUUGUGUGUGCGUGUGUUUUUGAGUUUUGCAUCAAUCUUACUGUCUCUUCAUGAUACUUUUAUCAUACAGUCAGCCUCUUGUCUACCUAAUUUGGAGAGAAUAUGACUUUACUAGCAGAGAUACAAUAUAUCUUGUCUACUGGACUGUAAAAUAUAUGUAUGAAAUAAAAUUAGUUCCAUUUGGUCUUCUAGUAUAUUAAAGUGCUAUCUGACGUUGUUAUCCUGUUUUUGCAAAAAAAAGUUAACUACAGACCAUUGUUUCUAAUAAGCAGAGAGAUCUAUUUUAGUAGUCAACUGAAGGUUUAGUUGUGAGCUUCAGAUUUUGUGAAUUCCAAAUGUUGUGCAGUGUUUUUUUUUUUUAAGACAACUAAAAAGGAAAAAAAAAUCCAAGGAAUAUGUACACUGGAACCGUAGUGGUAGCUUUCAGUAUUGUAAAGAGAUUGUUCUAUACAGACCUUUUUGCUGUUCCUCCUGUAUGUAAUAAAGUCCUUUCUAGAUCCUAUGUGAAAAGAAACGUGAAGCGACUUGAGUCUUCAGCAUGUUCUCAUCGGCGGAGCCUUCUUGUGUUAUGUAAACUGUGCCAUGUUAUUAAAAAAUGUGAACCAAG